CGCUGUACGACAUGGCUACCACUUUUCCACCCCUUCUCGGUCUCUAUAGCUAGCUCGAAGGGCGUGCCACGUGUAGUAAUUGAUAGGCGUGGUCUUGUUCUUCAAUUCUCGACCUUUGGACCCUACCCUGAAUCUGUAGAAAUGGCCGCUGCUUGGAGACAGUCACUCUCAAAGAACUUGCGUGAGCUACGCAUCCACCUCUGCCAGACUGGGAAGAGCAGUCAGGGAGUGAGGGACUUCAUAGAGAAGCAUUACGUGGAGUUGAAGCAGCAGAACCCAAAGUUUCCCAUCCUGAUCAGAGAGUGCAGUGGAAUAGAGCCAAGAAUUUAUGGCAGAUAUGGGUAUGGCAAAGAGUCCAGUGUUUCUUUAGCAGACCUGAGCAGGGAGCAAGUGCUUCAGAAAUUGGAACAGCUAGCCACAACAACUCAGUAGACCACUCUCACUGAAAACCUGUCUGUUUUGGUAGCCCAUUGUAUCACUAUGGAACUGUUGCUACAGCGAGAUCUAGGGUGGGAUAGCUUUUGUACACAUCCA